UGAGUUCUGCGACAUGUGAUUCAAACAAACUCUCAAUAUUUCUUAUUUUUUGUAUCCCAGUGAGUAGUUUUACCGAGUGCAAAUUGAUCGGAUCCAUAUUGCAGACAUAUAAGGAGGACAGAAUAAAAAUGAGGGAGCCAGGCUUAGGCAAGAACAAUAUGGGGAGAUCUUCUGUAGCCAUACUUUUCUUGGUCCUUCUCUGCAUAGGCGCCUUCUUGACUACGCAUUUGCUUGAUUCAUCUUCAAAUCUGAUUCCCGGAAGUUCCCGACAAGGAUCAACAUUUUCCGCCAAAACAUCUAAGACACCGGAAGAACCCCUGAACCGGUCUAAUAAACUAGAAUUCCAGCUGAAUUGUUCACUUGGUGACGAAACUCGGAUCUGCCUAGGCAGUUACUACCCAUCCAAGUUUAUGUUACAGAACCCUGACCCUUCAUCAUCAACACCGCAGUCUAUGUGUCCAGAUUACUUUCGUUGGAUCCACGAAGAUCUAUCGCCAUGGAGAGAGACAGGGGUUACAGAAGAAAUGGUGAGGAUGGCUGGGAGGACAGCCAAUUUCCGAGUUGUUGUAGUUAACGGGACGGCCUAUUUGGAGACUUUUGACAGAUCGUUUCAGACUAGGGAUGUAUUCAGUCAGUGGGGAAUAUUACAGUUGUUGCGGAGGUAUCCUGGUAAAAUCCCUGAUUUGGAUCUAAUGUUUGACUGCGAUGACUCCCCAGUUGUGAGGAAGGAAUUCCACCGUGGCCCCGAUGCCCCGCCCCCGCCGCCAGUGUUCCGCUAUUGCAAGGAUGAUGCCACCUUGGACAUCGUUUUCCCGGAUUGGUCGUUCUGGGGAUGGGCAGAAAUCGAUACAAGGCCGUGGGCGCCUUUGUUGAAGGAAAUGAAAGAUGGGAACGAGAGGAGUAAAUGGAAGGAUAGGAAGCCAUACGCUUAUUGGAAGGGCAACCCUCAUGUUGCGGAAGGCAGGGUGGAUUUGCUCAAAUGCAAUGUUUCUGACAAAGAGGACUGGAACGCUCGUCUUUACGUUCAGGACUGGAAUAAAGAACAAGAACAAGGUUACAAAGAAUCUGUCUUGGCAGACCAAUGCGUCCACAGGUAUAAAAUCUAUAUCGAAGGAUCCGCAUGGUCGGUCAGUCAGAAAAACAUUUUGGCCUGCGAUUCUGUAACCUUACUAGUGAAGCCACAAUACCACGAGUUCUUCUCGAGAGGUUUGAUGCCCCUGCAGCACUACUGGCCUAUAAGAGCCGAUGACAAGUGCAGAUCCAUAAAGUAUGCUGUUGAAUGGGGCAAUAACAAUGAAAAACAGGCAGAGGAAAUAGGCAAGGCAGGGAGUAGUUUCGUUCAAGAGGAACUGAAAAUGGAUUAUGUUUAUGAUUACAUGUUUCAUCUCCUAAGCCAGUACGCUAAGCUUCUGAAAUAUAAGCCAAGCAUUCCUCCAAAAGCGAUUGAACUUUGCUCGGAGUCGAUGGCUUGCCCCGCACAGGCAUUAGAGAAGAAGUUUAUGAUGGAGUCGAUGGUUGGAGGUCCCAGCAGUGAGGCUCCAUGCAUCAUGCCUCCUCCGUAUGAUCCUGCAGCUCUUCAUUCUAUUCUAGAGGAAAAACAGAACUCAAUACAGCUAGUAGAAGAAUGGGAAAAACAACACGGGGAUGGUGAAAGGAAGCAUCCUUAGGUAUGGAUGGAUUACCGUGUUUUCUGAGUCCAAUUUAUUGUUUAUUAUAAGCAAAUAGAGAGCACAGCGAAAAAUAAAUGUACAUUUGUACUGUCACGGUGUUAAAAAUUCGCCUUAAAUCAAAGGAAGGAAACCAAAACUGAAGGUUUCUACGGUAAAUUGUACCCCAAUUAGAUCAAAUAUUGAAAAAGAAUGAGCAA